UUUUUCAGGAUUCCUAGCACUCUAUCUACAUAAAUUACGCUUUCUUUUCACACGGACCACCAAGUUUUAAAUUAAGCAGAGAUACAUAACGUUGGUCAAAAACAACACGCAGACUCUUAUGACGUCAAUCAAAACGAUCAAAGGAAACACCGAAUUUGAUUUCAUCUUGUAUUUGUAGCAAUCUUGAUCUUGGAUGAGUAACAAUUGGUAACAACGGUAACAACUGGUAACAACGGACAAGGCCACAACGGAGGAGUUUCAAUUGCAAGGAACUCUCUACCAGGGACCCUAUGAGUAGUCCAGAGGUUUGAACACUCAACCUCUGCCAUAAUGUCGAGUCCAGUCAGCUCUGAACAGACCAAGACCAAGAGGCCAUCAAGCAGCAAGUUUCGCCAGCAGCAACUGCCGGCCUGGCAACCGAUCCUCACUGCAGGCACGGUUCUGCCCACAUUCUUUGUCAUUGGCGUUGCCUUUAUCCCGGUGGGCAUUGCACUGCUGACCUUCUCUGGCAAUGUUCAGGAGGUGGUGAAGGAGUACACCCAGUGCAACAGCAUUGAUCCCGCACAUAACAAUGCCACCUGCGACGAGGUGCUGAGCAGCCCAAAUCACACAGCCGCUACACCCUGCACGUGCCACAUCAAUUUCAAUGUCACAGAGAGUCUCAAUGGCCGUGUGUACAUGUACUAUGGUCUGACCAACUUUUAUCAGAAUCACCGGCGUUACGUCAAGUCUCGCGAUGUCAACCAGCUCAUGGGCCAGACGGACUCGGCGCUCUCCGACUGCAGUCCGUUCGCGACCGCCGAUAAGAAGCCGAUCGCACCGUGCGGUGCCAUCGCCAACAGCCUCUUCAAUGACACCUUCGAGCUGAAGAUGCUGUCUUCUGCGGGCGCGGAGCUCGCCGUGCCUCUGGUGCGCACGGGAAUCGCCUGGCCGUCGGAUAAAAAGUACAAGUUUGAGAACCCUCCGGGCCCGCUGACCGCCGACGGCGCCUUCAAGAACACCGCGAAGCCGGUCAACUGGAAGCGCGCCGUGUACGAGCUGGACCCGGCGCACCCGGAGAACAACGGUUACGAGAACGAGGACCUGAUCGUGUGGAUGCGCACUGCCGCGCUACCCACCUUCCGCAAACUGUGGGCGCGCGUCAACGAGUCGGCCGAGACGUUCAAGCACAGCCUGCCGGCCGGCGAGUACCGCAUCGUCGUCAGCUACGCCUACCCGGUGACGUCGUUCGGCGGCACCAAGCGCAUCAUCCUGUCCACCACGUCGCUGCUGGGCGGCAAGAACCCGUUCCUGGGAGUGGCGUACAUCGUGGUCGGCUGCAUCUGCCUGGUGCUUGGCGUGGCGUUCCUGAUCAUCCACGUCAAGUACGGCAAGCGGGGAACGGAUACCAUCACCAACCGCACCGACUGGUCCGGUCACUAAGGGCCCGCCCCCGGCCGGCUGUACCCGCUGCAGGUGGGCCGUGACGACAGCGGCAGGGGCCAGUGACGUCACAGGUGGGCGGGGCUCACCGGUCCUGGCUGGGCUCCCCGGUCCUGAUAGCGGCUUAGGAAAGGAUGACCGAUACGUAGCAUUUCCGGGGGAAAUGUGGGUCUGUAAUCCAAGGGAGUUCACACAAUGGUUAUUUUAAGUAACGGCACGUCUGGUCUGAUGUGCUUGAUCCGAGGCGCUUAAAAAAGAAUAGGUAAUGCUUCAGCGGUUGUCAUGAUUUGAAAUGAUUUGAAAGAACUUUACAGCGCAUGCACCACCAAUUCUGGUUCUUAUUUGUCGUCGGUCCCUUUCACGUUACUACGACGUUAUCAAAACCUAACUGAAACCAAGAAUUGCGCAUGUAUACACGAGCCACUUAUUUCAUACUAUUGGUACGUGGGAUAUCACGUCACCUCUAAGAACUCGGCAGUUGCCAGUAUUGCUGUCAGUGCCAUCGCACGGAAAACCCUAGCCUCGGGCGGGCCGCAAGGCGAAUUUUGCCUGAACAUGCCCCCUGAAUCGAUGUCGCCCUCUAUUGCGAUAUGGCUGUACUAUCGGAACGCCACAGUACCACGCCACCUCGUAAUACCCAAGUCCCUGACGAUGAGAGCGUUUGUGAUCAAUGUUAGGAUAGGUUACACGGUUCAGCCGAGCUACAUACGAGUGCUAGCAGUGUUGUCCUGUUCCUGAAUGUUCUGAUGUUGAUUGAAGGCUGAAGCGUUCACGCACACUGCUAGAACUGCUUGUGAUUCGUGCUAAGCGAGACUCUGGGUUGCGAAGAGGCUUACUGCUGAGUUUACCUGGAUGUUAUUUAUUGAAUUUUCCUAUUUUAUCAGCUUUUUCCAGAAAGCAAUUAAACGAGUCCAGUUUAUAUCGGUUGAACUCAGCC